AUGGGAACAAAUUCACAAACCACUGAUACACUCAUCUCCUCUCCCCCUAUUCCAGCAGCUUUUGUAUCUGCUGGUUCUAGUGGUAUUGGUUUAGUUGAUUCAGCUCAUCCCUACUACCUCCAUCCUUCAGACUACCCAGGAAUGAACCUGGUCUCCUCAGUGUUUGAUGGCAGAGGUUAUGGUGGGUGGAGGAGAGCUGUAGUCAUAGCCUUAUCCGCUAAGAACAAGCUAGGAUUCAUUGAUGAAACCCUAGUUGUUCCAGAUGCAGAUUCUGGCCUUCAAAGAGCUUGGCAUGACCUGGAAGAUAGGUUUGGUCAGGCAAGUGGAGCAAAGUUGUUUCAACUACAAAAAGAAUUAAGUGAUAUGGUGCAAGGUAACUCGAGUGUUUCAACCUAUUUUACUAAGAUGAAAGGAUUAUGGGAUGAGCUAGAUGCACUCAAUACCUUUUCUGAUUGUGUGUGUGAGUGUGAUUGUGGGGCUAAGGCAAAGAGUAUCAAGGCUCAUCAAGAUGAGAGACUUUUGCAAUUCCUUAUGGGUUUGAAUGAAAUCUUUGUAGGAGUUAGGAGCAACAUAUUGUUGUCAUCUCCUUUACCUUCCAUUGGGCGGGCAUACUCUUUGGUCAUACAAGAUGAAAAACAAAGAGAAAUUCAUGUUGUACCUGCCUAUUCAGGGGAGUCUGGUUCCUUCAUGGUAACAAACCAAGCAUCUGGGAAGGAAUAUGGUGAUUCCAAAGGACAGAAGGGGUCCUAUGAUGUAAAGAAGAGUUCAGGAAUUUGUGCUUACUGCAAGAAGCCAGGACAUAACAUUGAUAUGUGCUAUAAGGUCCAUGGUUUUCCUGCAGAUUUCAAAUUCACAAAGCCAAGGAAAUUUCAGGGACCAGUCCAGGCAAACAAUGCUCUAAUCUCAAAUGAAGAAGGAGAACAGGGAUUUGGAAUCUCAGAAGGAAAAUCACUUACCCAGGAGAAUGUAACUCAGCUUCUUCAACAGUUGAAGAUGGGACAACAAGCAGGCAAUACUUCUGAUGGUACUGAAAGGGGCCCUUCUCUGAAGAGCCCUCUGGAGAUUGGUAAGGAGAGAAGUGGUCUCCACAUUCUUCAAUCAAGGCCAACAGCUGCCAUUUCCAAGAGUUUUUUACUUUCCAAUAGUAGUUUUGUAUCUAGAAAGAGUUUCACUGACAAACAAUUUGUUCCAGUUUUACUUUCUUGUUUCAGUUCUUCAGAUCCCUAUGUAAAAGAAAAAUUGUGGCACUAUAGACUGGGUCACAUUCCAUUGAGUAAUAUGAGAAAUAUAUCUACUAUUCCUGUUUCUUCUUGUUCAAAGUUUUCUGUGCCUUGUGUCGUUUGUCCAAUGGCUAGACAGUCCAAACUCCCUUUUCCCACUAGUUCUAUUUCCACAAAGAAAGUUUUUGAGCUAAUUCACAUAGACACAUGGGGGCCCUAUAGCAACCAAACUUAUGAUGGUUACAAAUACUUUCUUACAAUUGUUGAUGACUACAGUAGAGGAACAUGGACUUAUCUACUAAGUACAAAAUCAAAUGCAUUUCCAGUUCUUAAGUCAUUUUUGGCUGGCAGAAAGACAGUUCAAUACCAAGGUCAAGACAAUAAGGUCAGACAAUGCUUUUGA